AAAAUAAAUAAAGUAUAAAAUGUAUUCAAGUUCUGAAGAAGAAGAAUAUGAUUGUCCUCUUUGUAUGGAGGAGUUGGAUAUUGCUGAUAGAAAUUUUAGACCUUGUCCAUGUGGUUAUAAGAUCUGUCGUUUUUGUUGGCAUCACAUUCGUGAAAACUUGAAUGGUCGUUGUCCUGCUUGUCGAAGAGAAUAUUCUGAUCAAAUUGCAGAAUUUGAACCUGUUAGUGCAGAUGAAAUAUCUCGUAUUAAAAAGGAAAAGAAAGAAAAAGAACGACAACAAAGAGAUAUGGAGCUUGCUAAUAGGCGUCAUUUAGCCAAUAUGAGAGUAGUUCAAAAGAAUUUAGUUUAUAUUAUAGGCCUUCAUCCAAAACUAGCUACUGAAGAGAUUAUUCGUUCACCAGAAUAUUUUGGUCACUUUGGUAAAAUAGCAAAGGUAGUUAUCAAUAAGAGACAAAUUGCACCUACUUCACAUGCCAAUGGAGCUACUUCAAUGCAACCUAGUGCAGCUGUAUAUGUUACAUAUGCUAGAAAAGAAGAUGCGGCUAAAGCAAUUCAUGCUGUUGAUGGUAGUGUUAUGGCAGGGAGAAUAUUAAGAGCAUCUUACGGUACUACAAAAUAUUGCACCUACUAUCUUCGAAACAUGGCAUGUCCAAAUCCAAAUUGUCUUUAUUUACAUGAACCUGGUGAAGACGCCGAUACAAUAUCAAAGGAAGAAUUAGCAACUGGUAAACAUCGUAUGAGAGACCAAAUGUCACAUGCUGACUCAGAAGAAGAACAUCAUCAUCAACAUCAUGAGGAACAUCAUGUAAAAUCAGUCUUAUCUAGUGCAGAUUUUCCACCUGUUUCAUUAUCCUCUCCAACAAAAGAAGAACGUUCAGCGCUUCCAGCAACAGCAUCUUGGGGUAAAACAAGUACACCUGGGACACCUACAAUUAAAAAUACUAGUUUACCAGAAAGAGCCUUAACUCCUGAUACAUUUGGGCCUCCAUUAUCUGUUGCUGUUGCUCAACAGUUACAGCAACAGCAGCAACAAAAGAACCAGCAAUUAUCACCUACUGUAUUAAAACGUAAAUUAGAAAAGAAGAAGCGUAAAGAGUUACUUCGACAAAAGAAAGAAGAAGAGUUACAACAACAACAGCAACAGCAACAAGAAGAAGAGGAACAAAAACCUAAUAAAAAGUUUCAAUUUGAUAGUCUUGUUCAUUUUGUAUUAGGUGAUGCAUUUGAACAGGUCUGUACGCCUACAACAGAAGAUGAAUGCUUCUUUAAACCAGUGGGAGUGACUGGCCUUUAUGAGAAUUACAAUAGUUCAUCAGAUGAAGAUAACAAUCUAAGUACACCACCAGUAUUAGAAAUGGAAAAGUUAAAUUUAAAUAAUAAUCAACAAGAAGAUAGUAUCUCACCUCUUGAAUACCUGACAAGGGCUGUGCCAAAUACAACUUAUACAGGAACAUUUAAUCCAUUUGCACAUCAUUUAUUUCCAGCUAUAAUAGAUUCUACACUAAUCGGUAAUAAUACUAACAUUAAUACUACUACAAAUGCAUUAUUAUUUGAUCCUUCUGCACGCAAAACUUCACGUUUUGGCUUUGCUCAAUUUUAAUUUUAUUAUUAUACAUGUAUAUUAUUUUAAUGCUCC